AUGUCUAGAGAUAUGAGAAGGGCUUCGCAACAUUUGAGGUUGAUUGGCAACCAUUUACAUGCUAGAAACUACCACAACGUUUUGGUUGGAAGCAAAUACUCAUCGUCUUUUAAACAGUACUUGCAGCUGCCAAACGGUGAAAUUGGGUCCUAUUUCCACGAUGUGCCAUUAGACUUAGAUGUUGAUGCCAAAACAUGUAACAUGAUCGUAGAGGUUCCACGUUGGAGUAAUGGGAAGUUUGAAAUCAGUAAGACCGAACCAUUUAACCCCAUCACACAGGACAUAAAGAAAGGCAAGCCACGAUUUGUCAAUAACAUUUUCCCUUACCAUGGAUACAUUCAUAACUAUGGGGCUAUCCCACAGACAUGGGAACAGCCACUUAUUGAAGUAUUGCCCGGUUUCAAGGGUGAUAAUGACCCAUUGGACUGUUGUGAAAUUGGUUCCAGCAUCGCCAAAAUGGGAGAUAUCAAAAAAGUAAAGCUUCUAGGGUCAUUAGCCCUCAUUGACGAUGGAGAACUCGAUUGGAAAGUCAUUUGUAUCGACAUUGAAGAUCCCAUUGCUAUAAAAUUGAACAAGUUGGCAGAUGUAGACACUGUUAUGCCUGGUCUCUUGGAUGCAACUAGAACAUGGUUCAGAGAUUACAAGAUUCCUGCUGGGAAACAACCUAAUGUGUUUGCAUUCGAAGGUGAGUACCAGGACCAAGCAUCUACACUUUCUACGGUACAAGAAUGUCACGAAGCCUGGAAUGCUCUAGUUAGGGGAGAAAUUAAAGCAGAUGGAUCAGAGGCCGAGAUUCCCUCCAUUGUCAGAGCGGGAACUCACAUAAGAGUUGAACCUAAUCAACAAAAUGACACACCAAUCCCACAAGAAGUGGACAAAUGGUACUAUGUAUGA